GAUGCGCGGCAAACGGCGCCGAGUGAGUAGUAUUGUAUUGUGAUCGUCCGGCCGUACAGGCAUACAGUGCUCUCUGCGAGACGCGUUACGAAUGACGUGCGGCAGAGACGCGACGACCGUGGAACCUUGACGAGCGCGAGCGAGUCAUCGUCGAAGCGCGAAGUGUUUUGUCUUGUCGCCGACGCAUCAACUGUGUGUCCCGGUCGACGGCGUGUGUUUGAAGGGAGAGAAGAGCGAACGCGAGCGAGGGAGAGAAAGAGAGAGAGAGGCGAGAAGAGAGCAGCGCAAUCGGGUGCGACCUUGCCCUCGGACCAGCUGCUGGACAGCAUUGAGUAUCACGAAGGUGCAAGUUUAAGAAAUAAUAAUCGAAAAUGAGUUGCAUAUCGCAGUGCGCAAAGUAUUUUCUUUGCUUCUUCAACUUCAUUUUCUUUAUCGCCGGAGGAGCGGCACUGACUGUCGGUAUUUGGCUUUUCGCCGACAGGAGCUCGUUUACCAAUCUCAUCGGGAAACUCGAUCAAUCUGACUUUCUGAACAAAACGGACGCCGAUGUCAUCAAGAUGAUCGCCUACAUUCUUAUCAUUGCUGGUGCUCUCACAUUCAUUAUCAGUUUCCUCGGGUAUUGCGGCGCUAUGUUCGAGUCCAGGUGUCUUCUCUGUGUCUACGGCAUUCUAAUCUUGUUGGUCUUAAUCUUGGAGUGUGUGGUAGUCGGCCUCGCUUUUGGACUUAAAGGAGACGUUGAGAAAGGUACGCAGGAUUUCUUGAAGACGACUAUCGCCAAGUAUUAUACCACGGGCGAUAAAACUGAUACGGUGAUUGUCGCGUGGGACGGUAUUAUGAGUAAGCUUCAUUGUUGUGGCGUGGAAAAUUUCCGGGACUUCAGUGAGAAUAGAAACUGGACUGUUGCAACUGGAAAAAUGGUCCCCGAUGCCUGUUGUAUAAAAGAAAAUAAUGGUGCUUUGAAGGAUUCUACGUGUCCAAUUAAUCCCACCGUGUCUAACUCGUAUUAUCAAACGGGUUGCUACAAGGCCAUGAUGACCGCCAUCGAGGAGAACGCGGCGAUAGUGAUCGGUGUGGCCGCUACCCUGGUCUUCGUCGAGGUCCUGGUCAUUAUCCUGGCGUUGUAUCUAGCCUGCUGCUACUGGCGUCCACAACAUGUUUAUCGAUGCGUAGAACCUUCUGGCAAGGAGUAACCUCGAGAGCAGAAUGUGCUAAGCUUUCUGCCAGCAGUUCUUUUGAACGCAGUUCUUUUUCCUCUAAGGACACUUCGCGAUUACCUCGACUGUGUUUGUACGUGUAUGCUUAAUAUAUACGUAUGUACAUAUACAAUGUACCUACAUAUGUAUACAUGCAUACGUAUAUAUGUAUGUAUAAUAUAUGCAUAUACGUACGUACAUGCUUUCGUGUACUUUCUAACGCAAUGGCGACGCAAGUUAAAUCCGAUGGCAUCGUACCGCAUCAUGCGCUUCAGUCUCAGAACUAUGACGUAACAGGGAUUGAAGGGUUGCGUAUCAAAAGCUAUGAUUUAACGUUACACGAUUGAUGAAGCGGUCGUUCAUCACGAUGGCCCAUCGCUUUCGGAUUACUCGAGCCCUUCGAUCGCUCGCACGUUAAUUCAUCAUACGAAUUUCAACGAAAAUCGCGUUGAGCGGAAGACGUAUAGAGGAUUUUUCAUAAUCUUUGUCAACGCGAGAGCUUUAGAGUUGCAUGUGCCAAAUUACCACAUCCGCCAAUCGCGGAAUCAGUUGCGUGUCGGUUGUCAAGCGCUGUAUUUCGGCGCUAAAGUGCCAAUGUAUUAAGUAUUUGCUUUCACUGAGAUUAUUAAUACGGAAUGCACGUCAGUAUAGUGGACAUCGCGAGCAAAUCGUUCAAUAUUUCGACGCAUGUAGAAAAUCUUUUCUUCUCUAACUGUUCUGGUAACUAAUAACCAUUUCUACUACUGCAGAUUAACUUUAAUCUCGGUUUAACCUACUUUCUCUUUUUAGUUCUGUACGUACAUAAAAAUAUUCCUGUUUUGAGAUUUUUUUCGAAAUGUUAAUUAUUGAAAUAGUUGACAUUAUAUAAAGCGUCAAACAAUAGUUAUUUGCUUAUAUAAAGAAAUUACAUAGUUCUGUCAAGAAAAAAAAAUUCUUAUUCAAUGAUAAUUUUGAGUUGAUUAUAUGAAAUAUAUUAAUUUUAAUUUGAAAUAUUAAUAUUUUUUAAUAUAUAAGAAUUUAAAAAAUGAUAAGAAGUUUAAUUGAAAUUAAAGUUUAUUUACAUUGAUAUAGAAAUGGAAAAAAAACUUUUUCAACGUGUAUGUUACGUGGACGAAAAUAUUUAGAGAUUCUUUUUAUAAUUCGCGCUCAUUGUUAACAUAACUCGUUUCUAUCCGCUCAACGCUCGCUUGAACGAUCUGUGCCAACACUUGUAUUUCGUUAUUGUCUUGCAACGUGGUACUAAAAAAAUGCUUUCAAAUUUAGACAAAAUGACCAAUAAUGUUACAUAUCGUAUCGAAAUAUUCCUCCUAACAAUUUUGACGUCCAAGUUUUCGCUCGAAGAACGUGAAAUGAGAGAUAGCUAAAUUCGCGAUAAUAAUGUUUUAAUUGUUCGUAUCUCGGUUACGAUCGCCCAUCGGGCAGCUUGCUUUCCCAGGAUUCUUGAACAUUCGUUCAAUCAUAUUUAUUUGAUCAGAUCAUAGUUAUUUUCAAUAACUUGUAUUUUGUUAAUACGAAUAAAAACUGUCGCACGAUUUCCAAAUCACUUCAUAAACGACUGAGGUUGAUCGGUAGUGAAAGUGUUGUUGAGUGCAGCACAAUUUCACAUUCAAAUCCUCGACGGCGAGGUGAAUGCCUCGUCGCGGAUGCAAAAAGUUUACGAGUGUUACAUACGCACGUAUCCAUCUGAAUUGAUCACAAUCCAUUCUAUUAAAGUAGAACCUUUUCUCAAUUGGAAGGCAUUGACAAAUGGACGUUCUUUUAGCUUGUGUAGACGUGUCGUCGAGACAGGCCUGGUGAGGUGCUGAAGUAAGGAUGAUGAUUUUGAUGGGGUUUGCUUUCAAGUAAGACGGAGGUGAAGCUGUCAAUUGACAGCCGAUCCCUUCCUUGUUGCCGCUUCGCGCUGCAGCAUCUAGAUCUAUCAUCUAUUCUACUCUACAAGCGUUCUUUGAAUUCUAUUGAGGCAUGGUAGCUUUGCUCUCCACCCUUGCAUGGCCAUGCUAUUGUAUAUUAUUUGACAGAGGCAGAGAGCCAGAUGUACGGAAGUAGAAAGAGAGAGAAAGAGAGAGAGAGAGGCCCGGUUGCAUCGUCACGUUGACACCUGUAACCCGUUAACUCGUAACAGGUGUAGAAUGAUUAGCGUUGGUUUAUUUUGAGUAGAAGAUUCUAUAUGUGGAAUGGAAUAUUGUGAAACAAAGACGGUAUAUCUUGUGAUAAUGAAAAUUAUAAGUAUGCAUUGAUAUGAUCAUUAAUUGGAAAGUAAUUAUUUUUAUUGUUUCAGUAUUUAUAAAGCGUCCCUCGAUGAAGUGUCACUUCUUCUAAAUUGUGGCCACUUUUUAGUCGAUUUUUCCUUAACGAAGAAUUAAAUAUUUAUCACAAUUUUUUUAUCUUUGAAACAAUACAUUUUUAACAUAUUCUUAUAUGUCUAAAACUUUACUAAAAUAUAAUCUCCACUUGAAAUUAACUCAAAAAAAUAAUUUUGUUAUCCAUUUUUCAAAGCGCUUUUCUUAAUCUUGACAUCUUUGUAAAGGAAAAAUUAGCUUAGAAUUAGCAAGAAAAAUAUAAUUCAAAGAAAGUGCAUUUAGCGAGAGACACUUUGUAUUAACGAUGUAUUAACCAAUUAUUAAAUGCAUAGAGUGAUUAAAAGGAAUAAAGUAUGCAAAUGGGGAAAAAAUGUAAAGUAUAUAGCAUAAUACAUUAGACGUUUAAAUAUGUGCAAUUGUUGUUUCAUGUUUAUAAUUAAUCUAAACGACGUUAAUUAUUAUAAUUAGACAUUUUUCAAAUUCUGCAUAUAAAGAAUUUACGAAUUAGUUACGAAGCAAUAGCCGUGAGAUUACUAAUAGACGAGGCCAAAACUUAGAAAACACAUGAGUCACUAAUUAAAUUGUUUCCGAAAAUAAUGCAUUUACGUAAUUCAACUAAUUACAAAUUUAACAUUAAAUAUAUGGGCGCGCAAAAUUCGUUCUUCUCUAUUGUAGUAUGCGCUGCAAUUUUUCUGAGAACGGAACGAUAAAUUAUCAAAUGUGUUUAUUUGAAAUCAAACGAGUAUGCAAUUGGGCCUGUAAGUUUCAUUUGAGCUUCAGCGUGAUUUCAUUUUGUUUCACGGUGUUUACUUACGGUAUCCGAACAGCUAUCGGCACGAUAGUUAUUAAACAUAUGUGGUAAAAUUCUAUUCGGAAUUGUGAUACGCAAGUGACACAAACAUUUAACUGUUUCCUUUUUCCCUUCUCAUUAGUUAUAGUAGUUUAGUCAGCAAUCUAUUAUCUCAAUGUUGCAAACGCUAUACGGUACCUAACAGAUACAUCGCAGAGAUCGCAAGAUAAGGUAUCUUAUCUCAUUCACGUUUACAUAUGUAAAGAACACAAAAAUUAUUGUAAAAUGGGACGACGUACAACUUCGAGGAAAAGUCCAUACACGUUCAUAAGAAAUCGAUAAUAUGUAUGUUAGUGUACUUUCAAUGUUUUACACACACACACACACACACACACACACACACACACACACACACACAGCUGUAUACGCAAAGUUCUGUACGUAUGCGCACCGAACACACGCUGAGGGCCAAAGCCGAAAACCAGGUAACAACCAAAAAAAAGUCAAGACUGAAAAAAUUGAGAAAUUAAAUUGUACGCACACUGCAACGAUUUGAUGCGGAUCUUACGAAUCGAAGAUAUCAUUAUUUCCUUAGCGAGAUGCGUGUAUAUAUAUUUAGAUAGAGUAUAUUUUUGUAGAGUUUCUGCGAUACCUCGGCGCGACGUCGUACAAGUGAAACGCGAAAGAAACUAUACCGAUUCUUUAUUCAUUUCGAGAAGAUCGCGAGUAAACGAGGAUGAUGGUGUAUUUUCGCGGAAUUCGAUCACGCGUGUGCGUGACACAUGUGCCGAUUGUAUCGACUAGAAAUGCAAAAAAAAGAUGCACAAAUGAUCUUACGCGUUUUCUUCCGUACCUGAACUUUUCUAGAUUUAACGACGAUGCCCCAUACGGCACAUGGGCUUUCCGGUUACAUCGAGGCAAACUGCAGUGCAAAGUAGAUGUUCCAACUCAUUGCUGCAUUUCUACGCAAAAGUUGCGGCAGCAUUGGCACAUUUCUAUGUCAGUGUUGCAGCAACAUAUCAAUUCCAUACAGCACGGAACAUUUUACAACAAUGUCGCAGCAACUUGACAAUGUUUCUGCAAUGUUGUUGAAAUGUUUUAUUUUUUGUGCCGUAUGAACGUAUCAACGGUAUUGCAAUCUUUUCGCAAUGUUUCCGCAAAUCUUCCGUGCUGCAUGGAUACUAUGCGAGUAUCUUGUUUGGAGGAUCUACGCCGUUAAUUGUAAUUGCGGACCGCGUGCUGCACUGUGUGUGUGCGACUAUCGACUCGACGAGAUGAUUUCGUUCGUUGUUCUCUCUCCGUGCCGGCGUGCGCGUACGUACAUACGAGUUAAUCGACGAAUUAAUCUUAAUGCGGACGGUAGUUUUACGAUGCUAUUUUACAUCGCUAUUAAUUGUUCAUGCCGCACAUUCUAGACAUUUUCGUUUCCAGUGUUAACUUGUUGGUGCUGCUGUUGACGAGGCAUUAAGAGCAUGGAACUGUUGAGUAGUGCCUCCUAGCACGUUGAGCCCUUAGUGCUCCUGUGCCUUGCUUGCUUGAAACUCUAGCUGCUAGCCAAGCCUAGGCUAGCUGAGAAGUCGGCCGACAGAAAACCAAUUCUUUGACGCUUGAGUUGACGAAACGUUUCGGGUGAAAAAAAAUGAAAAAAAUAAAGAGAAAAGACCGAUUGGCAGUGACGUAAGAGGAGAUAUGGCUAGGCAUUACGCGGUUUUUUCUCGAAGGAGAGCUCAGGUGCGGACCCAUCAAUCUUAUAUAUUUUACGUUGUGUAUAUAUAUGUAAGAUUGAUAAAUAUAUAUAUCUCGCGUAGCGUAUUGCAAGCGAUAUACGCAUGUAAAUAUAUAUAUUAUGAUACGAAAUAUCUCAAAAACGUCACUGUAAAUUGCUAACGUUUCGUAGUUUUGCUAAGUGUUUGUAUAUUACGGGAGGUACAAGCGUUUAAAAUGAUUGAGAAAUGGCCCGAGACACAUUGUGGCCGUGGGCGAAGGUGCACCAAUUUCCUUUCCUUUCUUUUCCUUCCGCUGAAAACUGGUGAAAACUUUUUUCAUAUUAUUUUUUUAGAAUUUCUAUAUAAGUAGCUGUGUGGCUAGAAAAAUAUUUUUUAUUUUUGUUUAUUAUUAGAAUAAGAUCUUGAUGACUUAGGUCGGUAUUCAUAAUCAAAUCUAAUAGUUAAGACCAUCUUAAGUAUUGUCUGAUGUCAUCAACCAAUCAACUGUAUUAGCAUUUUAAGAUACUACUUGAGACGGUCUUGAAAUCAAUUAUAAAUGCUUUUCUUAAUUAUUGUAUCUUUUUAGUUAAAAUAAUAUUAUCGAUUAUACAAUUUAUUUGUUAAUAAAUUGUUAAUUAAUAUUUAUUUUUUAGAAAUAAGGUUUUUUAAAUAUUGCUUGCUGUACAAAUACUUUGUACACUUACCGAAUGUAAAUUCUAAAAAAUUCUCAAAUUUCUUAUUGUAAGAUCUUCGAAGAAAACUUGUAAAAUCUAAGAAAUUAAAAUUUUUCUCAGAAAUGUUCAUAAAUUUUAUUUCCCUUAAAAUAUAAAUAAUUCUUAAAAACAUGAUAUGAGAAUUUUUGUCAUCAGGAUUUCCUUUUUAUCUUCCGGCUCUUGAUUAUCCAUAAGUUAAUGCGUCGUCCACAAAUAAAUGUCGAUAACGCAGUAGAUGUACAUACGCGAUACGAUGAUGUUACAAUAUUUUUGAAGACGUUUUAGAUGCUUGUACUCGCAACAUGGAAUACUCACGCGAUGUUUCGUUCAUCUCUCAAAGCGGACAGUGGGACAUUGAACGAGAUUAACUCGUGACGCGAAUCUGACGUACUUCUUGGCAUAUCUUUUUCCGCUGUUUUAUUGCGUUCGGCAAUAUUUUUUGGUGGAAGCGCUUCUUAUGCACUUACUAAAUAUAGUCUUGCACAAAGAUCAUUGUUUCAGUAGUACUCGGAGGAAUAUAAUCGGAGAUAAUGCUAAUGAGCUGAUUGCUCGAGCCAUUAAAAAAUACAUUUACUCGCAAGAUUAUGUUUCAUUUGAAGGAUUUAUUGGCGAGAAAGAUGAGGAAUGCUUUUAUUUUCACGUAACAUUCUAUGUAACUGAUACAAAUUUUAUGCUUACGUGAUACAUUUUGACUUCAAGCUGAUAUAUGUUUCUAGCUUUAUAAUUUUUCUUUUAUACAUACAUACACACACACACACACACACAAAUACAUAUAUGUAUAUGUGUACCUGAGUAAUUACAAAAAAUUGGCGCAUAUAAUAUGUAUAUAUAUGUAUGUAUAUAUAUAUAUAAUAUGUAUAUGUGUAUAUGUAUAUAUAUAUAUAUGUGUGUAUAUAUAUAUUAAAUCAUAUAAUUGUCUAAAGAAUAGGAAUAACACGUCAUUGUUGAAUGACGGUAUAGAGAUUGGCAGAAGCAAUUUUACAUACUUUAUGGACAAGUCACGAUGUCAAAGUGCUUACAUUGAAUUACGUUAUUUUUCGGAUUGCCGUGUAUGAAAAUGUGCUGCACAUCACUGUUCUCGCGAUAGAGAAAGUAACAAAUCAAACCUCCUUUUACCUCUGAUACACAAGUAUUGAAGUUAUGUCAAAAGAGUAUUUUAUUAUAUACAUUUAUGAAUUAUUGUAACGCAUAAUUAACGACAGAUUAUGCGUCGCAUAAGAGCGAUGCACGAGAUAUCGUACAGACUAAUUGGAGGAUUGAAAUUCUCAUUAACUCGUUAGCUGAUAGUUUAAAGACUAUAAUAUAUAGUGAAAUGCUUGUUUUUAUAUAAUGUGCAGUUUAAUUUUAGAGAGAUAAAGAUCACGUUUUUUGCAUGCAACAUUAUGCACUAUGGAUAUUUAUAUUUAUUUUUAAACGUUCGCAUAGUGUGUCCGUCAAAUAUCUUAAAAAAUAAUGUAAAGGUCUUUUCUAUUGCAAUUUAACCCCUACGUGAAUGCCGAUAUACCGUAAAUACCAGAGGGGAGAAACUUUUCUGCAAAUUAUUUUUUGUUUUAUCACGGAAAAAAUAAAUUGAAGAAAAUAGUUUUGAAAUAAUAAUUUCAUUUUUUCACAAUAAAGUAUACAUCAUCUUGCAUUUAUGUAUUUGACAAAAUCAAGGUCGUCAAACUCGUAGUCAAUCGAAUAAAUGGGGAUAAAUAUUGCAAUAUGAAUGACCUGAUCUUUAUAACACUGUUUAAUAUGUAGUCCCAUAAUAUUGAAUGUAUAAAUUUCAGAAAAGUUA